AUGGUUCUUGCUACGCCACGUAUCUUCCUAAGCCACCAUCGAAAUUAUAUGUCUCUUUGCAAUAAUCUGCAUAAGGCACAAACUGUCCGGAAUCGAUUGGAUCAGAUGAUUACGCAACUCUCAGACCCUGCAAAGGGGCUUUCGUUGGAGGAGCUUCCAAAGUCCAAUACUUUUACAGCCAAACUGCCACCAGACCCUGCUUUUGAGACUCCCGAGAUCUCUCAUGGAGCUCCGAGGGAAGCUCUCGGUCCGCGCUUGGUGAAAGGCGCCCUAUAUACUUUUGUUCGCCCCGAGCCAGCCAAGAAAGCAGAGCUUUUAGGCGUCAGCCCAAAAGCAAUGGCAGACUUGGGAUUACUGCCAGGAGAAGAGCUUACUCCUCAGUUUACAGCGGUAGUGUCUGGGAAUCACUUUUUUUGGACUAAAGAGAAUGGAGGCAUUUACCCAUGGGCGCAAUGCUAUGGAGGUAAUGGUGGCAAUUGUACGUUGUCUUUGAACCUAUACACGAUGCGGAAGUUGACAGAAUACAGCGGCUCAUGGGCUGGGCAGCUUGGAGAUGGGCGUGCUAUCAGCCUAUUCGAGAGCACAAACCCCAAUACGUGUGUCCGAUACGAAUUGCAGCUCAAAGGAGCUGGGAAGACACCCUAUUCACGCUUUGCAGACGGAAAAUCAGUCCUUCGAUCUAGCAUCCGCGAGUAUGUCGUGUCGGAAGCGCUUUCCGCGCUUGGUAUACCAACUACCAGAGCCUUGUCAAUCACUCUACUACCCGAGUCUAAGAUUUUACGCGAGCGUAUUGAACCUGGAGCUAUAGUGGCCCGGUUUGCCGAAUCCUGGCUGAGAAUAGGAACUUUUGACCUUCUCCGCGCACGCGGGGACAGAGAUCUAAUCAGAAGACUAGCUACAUAUGUAGCCGAAGAUGUAUUUCACGGCUGGGAAUCUCUACCGGCUGCGGUGCCUCUAGGUAAAGAUCAGCCCACCGAUGCGAUUUAUAAUCCAGCAAGAGGCGUACCGUGGAACCUAGUUCAAAAAAACGAAGGAGUCGAAGAGAACCGGUUUGCAAGGCUGUACAGAGAGGUCGCACGACGAAAUGCCAAGACUGUGGCUGCCUGGCAAUCUUAUGGCUUCAUGAAUGGCGUAUUGAACACCGACAACACAUCAAUCUAUGGGUUGUCUCUUGAUUACGGCCCGUUCGCUUUUAUGGACAACUUUGAUCCUCAAUACACACCGAACCACGAUGACCAUUUGUUAAGGUACUCGUACAAAAACCAGCCAACUAUUAUUUGGUGGAACUUGGUCAGACUUGGAGAAUCCUUAGGAGAGCUCAUUGGGGCAGGAGCCAAAGUUGAUGAAGAGAGCUUUUGGAAAGAAGGCGUAACCGAAGAUGCUGCCCCCGCUAUGGUCAAGCUCGCAGAAGAAAUUAUUGAAAGAACCGGUGAAGAGUUCAAGGCUAUAUUCUUGAAUGAAUACAAGCGGAUGAUGGGUGGAAGACUAGGGCUAAAGACUCAGAAAGAGUCAGAUUUUCAGGACCUCUUUUCAGAAAUGCUAGACACGUUGGAAGCUUUAGAACUGGACUUCAACCAUUUCUUCCUGCGGCUUUCUCAUAUACCGCUCAGCGCCCUCGAUACCGAAGAAAAACGGAAAGAAGUUGCACCAGUGUUUUUCCACAACGAAGGGUUUGGCGGGGUCGGGUACACAGAAAACUCUGCAAAGGAGCGCAUCGCAAAUUGGCUCGAGCGCUGGAGACUGAGGAUUCUUGAGGAUUGGGGGCCCUAUGGUGAUAUGGAGCGACAGAAGGCUAUGAAAACAGUGAACCCAAAGUUCUUGCCUCGCGGGUGGAUACUCGACGAGGUUAUUGAUCGAGUAGAACGUAAGGGAGAUCGGGAGAUCCUUGGCCACGUGAUGCAAAUGGCUCUAAACCCAUUCAAAGACGAUUGGGGCUGGAACAAGGAAGAGGAGGAGCGCUUCUGUGGAGAUGUUCCUCGAUACAAGCGGGCCAUGAUGUGCAGCUGCAGCUCUUAA